CCCCUUAAUCUUCUUUUUUCCAAACUAAACAAGCCCAGUUCAUGAAGCCUGGCUUCAUAGGUUAAUGUUAUACAGGAAAAAUCUGUGCCUUCCAGACAAAAUGGCAGGUAUUUAAAUUCUUUGCACCACUCUAAUUGAUGAAUUAGAUGUAAUAUGUUAAAAUAUUAACAUCUUUUUUUAAAGGGAUUAGAUUCGCAGUGAAUCCUUCAAGAAAUGGCCAUUCAACUCAGACCAGCCUGUAAAAAAUGCAUCGUGAUAGGUGGCUCAGGGUUCUUAGGCCAGCACAUGGUGGAGAGGCUGCUGGAGAAAGGCUACACAGUCAGAGUGUUUGAUAUCCAAAAAGGUUUUGAGAACGAUAAGGUGCAGUUUUUCCUGGGAGAUCUCUGCAGUAAAAAGGACCUGCUCCCUGCUCUACAAGGUGUGACUGUGGCUUUUCACUGUGCUUCACCAGCACCUUCCAGUGACAACAGGGAACUAUUUUACAAAGUGAAUUUUAUGGGGACCAAAACAGUCAUUGAAGCCUGUAAAGAAGCUGGGGUUCAGAAACUGGUGUUAACCAGCAGUGCCAGUGUAGUCUUUGAGGGCACAGACAUCAAGAAUGGAACAGAAGACCUUCCUUAUGCAAAGAGACCUGUUGACUACUACACAGAGACCAAGAUCCUACAGGAGAAGGAAGUGCUAAAUGCUAAUGAUCCAGAUGAGAAUUUCUUCACAAUUGCCAUUCGCCCUCAUGGGAUAUUUGGUCCCAGGGACCUCCAGCUGGUUCCUAUCCUCAUUCAGGCAGCUAAGAGUGGCAAAAUGAAGUUCAUGAUUGGGGAUGGGAAGAACUUGGUAGACUUUACCUUUGUGGAAAAUGUGGUCCAUGGGCACUUAUUAGCUGCAGAGCAUCUUCAUAAAGACUCUCCCCUGUGUGGGAAGGCAUUUCACAUCACAAACGAUGAGCCAGUACCUUUCUGGUCAUUCAUGUCCCGUAUCUUAACUGGCUUGAAUUAUGAUGCACCCAAAUACCAAAUACCCUAUAUGGUGGCAUAUUAUUUAGCUCUCUUACUAUCUCUGGUGCUGCUGCUGCUGAGUCCACUCAUCAAGAUUAAACCUACCUUCACUCCCAUGCGGGUAGCAUUAGCUGGAACAUACCAUUACUACAGCUGCGAGAGGGCCAAAAGGGACAUGGGCUACAAGCCGGUGGUGAGCCUGGAUGAAGCAAUAGAGAGGACUAUCCAGAGCUAUUCCCAUCUACACCAAGCCAAGUAAGGAGACCCAAAGAAAUCCCUCUAGCUAACAGAUUUAACAAGGACUUUGAAGAGACCCUAAUUCUCUGGACAGAUAAACUUUUCCUCGGGCCUCUCCUAGGGAUAAUGUGUUUCUCUGGACUGAAGGAUUUCAUCCUGUUGCUGUACUAAGAGUCCAUAUCUCCCUUGUCAUUACUGUGAUGUGACCACCUGUUCCAAUUGCUACUAGAUUUCAAUAAACACCCUAAUAUUUCCUCCUAAAAUAGUAAGCUAGCACUUCCUCAUACUAUCUUUUGCUUGUUCUACUUGUGUCAUAUUUUGUUGCUCUGGUCUUUCCAGUCUUUCUUAAUGGCUGUGGAUUGAGUUCUCAUGACAGGUUUCUCUCUCUCUGAUCUUGAUACUUGCCUCUAAAGCAGCAUGCAAUAUUAUAAAAGCUUAUACCACUAUCUGUUUUAAACCAUGGAAGUUCUCUGAGGUGUGUAUGUCUUUCUAUGGCCCUAGGUUUAUUUGAUCUGUUGCCAUGAGCCAAAGCAGGAAAUUCUGAGAUACCUGAACUGUGGCCAUGUGAAGUUCCUCUGCUGGGCUCACUAGCCCUUUCUAAACACUUUUUUUAAGGCAUCCUUGU